AUGCCUACAGAAUACAUAUCUGAUGAAGAAAAUGAGAGGAAAAAAAAAAAAAAAAAAAAAAAAAAAAAUUUAUAUUCAGUGAUAGAGGAAUUGAAUUAUUCCAAUGAAGAAGAAAAUAGAGACAAUUUAGAAAUUGAUUUAAAAAGUGAAGAAAAAAAAAAAAAAAAAAAAAAAAAUAUUAUCCAUAUUAAUCAAGAUGAAAUAAAUAACAAAAGUAAUAUAACUACAUCCGAAGAUAGACAAAAAGAAUUUGAAAAUAUAAAUGAAAUUAUUGAUAAUCAAAUAUCAAGAGGUAAUAUUAAUAAUGAACUUUUAAAUCAAGACUCACAAAAUGAGUUAAACAUGCCAAGCACUAUAAUUAAUACAAAUGAUGAUGAUAAUGCUGAUAAUGCUGAUAAUGCUGAUAAUGAUAAUAAUGAUAAUAAUAACUCACCAAAUAUAUUUUUAAAAGUAUUUAAUAAAAUAAAAAAAAAAAUUAUAGAAAAAAAAGGAGAACCUAUACCUAGUUAUAUUAUAAAUGAUCAAGAUGUAUCUGAAUUUAAUAUAUUAAGAAAUUCAAUUUCACAAACUUUUGAUAAUAAUAUACAAGUGUUUGACAAUUCACAGAUUCAUAAUUACAUAAAUAAUACAUCUACUUUUCAUACUCAAACAACUGAAAUAAAUUCAAACUCUAAUAAUAUUAUUUCUGAACAUUCUAGCGAAAUUGAGAUGGUAUGUUUGCGGGGUCUUAAUCCCAAUGAUGUUAUGAACAAUAAUAUUUUUUCUAACAAUCGAAAUGGACAAUUAAAUAUUAUAUUAGAAAAUAUAAAUAAUUCAGGACAACUCGAAUUUAGUGCACCUAUAAAUAAUCUCGACCCUACAAACAGCCAAAACAGCCAAAAUAGUCCAAACAGCCAAAACAACCAAAACAGCCAAAACAACCCAAAUCAAGGCAGUGAGUAUAAUUUAUUCCCAAUUAAAAUAUAUAACGAAUUUUUAAAUAAAUCAAAAAAAUAUAUUAAUACAAUAAAAGAAAAAAUUAUAAAAUAUUGGGAAAAAAAGGUAGAGGAAGCAAACCAACAAUUAUCAACACAAAAUCAAGUAUCUGUACAAACACAAAAUGAAAAUAAUAUAGAAGAUGAAUAUGACGACCCAAGUGCAAUACAAGUAUUAUUAUUAUUAGGUUUAAUUUGUAAAUUUCCAAUUUUAUGGUUUAUAGGUUCACUAAUUUUAUGUGUUACUCCAUCAAAUCACACUAAAACAAAAAGAUGGUGUAUAAUUAGUUUUUUUUUUUCUUUAGCAACUAUUAUUUAUUAUAUUGCUACUACGAAUUUUAACUCAUAUCAACCUGGGUUUUUCACAAUUAUUGAACAAAACAAAGAACAACAAAAUAUUUACAAAUCAGGAAUUAUAAAAUUUACUACAGAUAUAUUUAAUAACACAACUAAUGUAACAAUCUCAAAUUUUAUAUUUUUAAAUAAAUAUUCAAAUUAUAAUUGGAUAGAUAAUAAUACAAAUAAGUUAAUUCAUUCUAUAGAUAAUCAUUUUUUAGAUUGGCCCUUCAUUUUUGAAACAAAACCAACAUCUAACAUUAUUUUGAGUAGAGAUGUAUACAUUUUUUUAAAUCGUAUUCAAAUAACAAUUCUUUUUGGAAAGGGAAAUAUAUAUCCAACCAAUAACCUUGAAAUAUUAAAAAAUGAUAUUAAUGCUUUAUCAAACACCCAAGAUAGCAUACAUUUUAUAAAUUUCGACCAUAUCACACUUACGAGUGAAAAAAUACCAAGAGACUUUUUCGGAGCGGGGCUUCGGUGUGAGCCACAUGACAAAACAGAUAAAACGAAAAUAAGUGAAAAUAAUUCCAAAGAGAAAUGGUAUAUUUUCUGGAAACAAUAUGAUAAUAAAAAAGUAAACAAUAAUAUAUAUAACUUAUUUAUUCCAGUUGGCGAAAUAUUUUUUUUUAAAACCGAACACAAAUGUAGACUUGCUUAUAUAUUUCCCGAAAAUACGAAUUUGAAUAAUCCAGAAAUUCCAAACAAUUUUGUUGAAAUCGAAAAAAUUAUAAUCAAGGUUAAUUGA